AGAGAGAGAGAGAAAGAGGGAGGGGGGAGACGCCGUAUGCUUGUAUACAACCCUGAUUUCCAUUUUUUUCCCCAAGUCGUAAUGUAUUUAAUUCAAGCGCAACGUAAUCAUGACGUGUCGUGUCAUUAAUCUCCUCGCCGCCUCGCGCGGGAUUGAAGGAGGAGUCAGGCCGCCCCCAGUCAAGACACUGGAUAAUGGCAUAACAGCACACACACUGCUGCAGAGGAUGGAUUCGCCACCCGAGUGUGUCUUGUCCCUUUCCUGUGAGCAACCCCCUUCCUCUCCCACACAAGAACCCAGCCCUCAGGUUCUCGAAAGCCCGCAACCGUCACCUCAGAGCCCAGACACGGUGCCAUACUCUCCUCUCUCCAUGUCGGCCCUUCCUGAGGAGGAUCACCAUGAUGAUGAUGAGUCAGAAGAACAGGAUGGCGAUGCUCCUCCAUCACCCACCCCAGCCGUGGCAUUAUUUCCAGGGGGCGAAGCGGGACGCAGUCCGCGUUUGGACUCAUCUCAGCCAGACAUGCAAUCGGCACCACUCCUUGGGUUUGGAGCUUUGGAGCUAGCCUUGUCUUCAGGCCAGAGCGGAACCUGCAACGACGAGCUAGAUCUUCAGCUCUUCCAGAAGGACGCAAUUACCAGGACGGCACCCGGAGGGGGAGGGGCGUCAUCCGUACCUUCACUCAAGUUCCCCUGUCAUGUUUGUGGGAAGCGAUUCCGUUUUCAAAGCAUUUUAUCCCUUCAUGCCCGAGCCCACAGUCUGGACUGGCACCGCCGAGCUUCACCGCAUUAUGGCAGCGUGCUCCCCUCAGCGCCUCUGAAGCAGAACCUCAAGGUCCAACAGAGUAAAAAAACCAUGAUCCAGAACCACAGAAGAGAUUCCAGCCAGUGCAUGCUGUCCGGGAAUGUCAUCCACCAGCUGGCAGAAGAAGAGGAUGUCGAUGGUGAGGUCAAAGCCUUGGAAGAAGACCUUCAAUUCGAACAGAACCAACACUUCAUUCUAGAUGACAGCACAGACCCUCCGUCUGGGACCACAUCAACUCCAACGGCGCCUGCGUUCCGUUGCCAUGCCUGCAAAGGGAAAUUCAGGACAGCUUCGGAGUUGACGCGCCAUGUAAGGAUUCUCCACAAUCCUUACAAAUGUACACUGUGUCCUUUCUCCGCCAGCCAGGAAGCCUCCCUGGCAUCCCACCUGCAGGAGUGCCACCCCUCCCCUGAAGGCCCUGCUCUGCCACAAACCCUUUCCAACGCCAGGCCCAUGAGUGCGCCUGCUGAGAUUCCAUCAGCCCAAACCUCGUCCUCAACUCAGGUGGCAUCACCUGCCAAAGCGUCAGGAUCCUCCUCCUCCUCCUUGCCGGCAUUCCGUUGCGACACCUGUGGACAGAGGUUCACCCAGUCUUGGUUCCUUAAGGGACACAUGCGGAAGCACAAGGACUCCUUGGAUCAUAAGUGCCAGGUUUGUGGCCGUGGCUUCAAGGAGCCAUGGUUCCUGAAGAACCACAUGAAAGUACACCUCAACAAGCUCGGUCUCAAAGCCGGCUUGGGAAGCAUUGACCAGCAAGCUAAAGGCUCUGCCGGUAAUCCGUCCCUGAACGCCCUCUACUCCAGCCUCCUUCUGGCUCAGCAAGGGGGUCCUAGGGUGGGCCAAGGAAGACCAGAUAAGGAGAGUGGAGGCAGAAUUGGCAAGUCAGCCAUUUUAGGAUACCUUGGCCUUCCUGGUGAUGGCAGUGGGGCCAGCUGCAUGGAGAGACUCCAAGCUGUCGCCCAAGUAGCCGAGAUGGGUAACAGUAUUGGCGGUAUGAGCUCAGAAGGACGAGAAACCGCAGGAAAUCGAGGUACGAGUGAUGCGACAGUAUCCGAAGGAGGAGAGCAGACUGCCUGGUGGCAACUGGUGGCUCGGAGCCUCGCUGUGGCUCAGCGAGUCAAUCCGAGAAACAAAUCAGUACCAGCGGAGAGUGACCCAGUCAGAACCUACGCCGACACCAUGGAUCCUUCUGGAGGAGCAGAGGGCUCCUGGGAAUGCCCUGACUGCGGAAAGAUUUUCCACAGUCUCCAGCAGGUGGUCGUUCAUGCUCGUGUUCAUGCUCAGAAAGCCCAGCGAGAAGGUGAGGUGCAGGGCGGUGGCAUCUCCAGAGGUAGAGGAGGCCCUGCUGAAGUCCGGCAGGAUCCUUUGCUUCUCAGCAGUGGGGACCGGAGACAGGAAUCUAAAGGUGCAUCCGUGGGAUUUCCUUCUGUCUUACCAGGCUUCAAAGGAGAGAAUGGCGUGACAUCUUCCCUCACGUCGCUUCCCACCAGGGAGCGUGUGCGGGGCCGAGGGAUUAAAGAUUGCCCCUACUGCGGUAAAGCCUUCCGCUCAUCCCAUCACCUCAAAGUGCACCUGAGAGUUCACACAGGCGAGAGACCCUACAAAUGCCCCCACUGCGACUACGCUGGUACCCAGUCUGGCUCGCUCAAGUACCAUCUUCAGCGGCACCACAGAGAGCAGCGCAACAUGUCGGCAGGUUCCUCCAGUUCCUCUGCCGCCGUCAAUGGUCUGACCUCCGCUAAGCAACGCCGCUCUCACCUCAAUCACAGCCCCUCUGGCCGGGCCUCGGCAGACAGCCCCACCUCAAGACCCAGUCAGCAGUCUUGGCUUCUUGGUGUUCCGGACCAUCAAGACCACCGCAAGGCUUUGGCAGCGCUGAGGGAAGUCGAUCUUGAGACGCAGUACCGUUAUCUGUCAGGAGUGAUGGGUGCGCUUUACCAAGGUGGUAUGGAAGGCGCUUGGGUCAGGGAGUCGACCCCUCCAAAAGCGACAAAGGUAUCCCGCAGGAAGCCCCUUACCACGAACCGCAUGGUGCAACCAUCCGGCGACAAACAAGCACCUUCAAGUCAAGGCGGCUUUGAACCUCUCGAUUUGUCCCGCCGUCCCUCACCAGGCCUCGGAGGGGUGGAAGAGGAGGGAGUCUUUCAAGAAGAAGGCACCGGCGACCUUGUCACUCUGAACCAAUGUUCUGACUGUCCAUUUCGGACGUCCUCCACUGAGCUCAUGAGCAUGCACCUGCAGGUCAACCACACCAGUAAGUCCAGACACAAGAGAGGCUCUGUGUCCUCCUUCGACGAUGAUAGCGCCCCGAAGGCUGCUAAAUCCCGUCACAUUCCCUCUGAGAUCGACUCCCUUGGGAUUUGGAGGCACGGGGAGGGAUCCUCAACCCAAACCAGGACCACCAACGGUCUCCCUCCUAAUGAUGAUGGUGAUGAUAAUUGCCUAGAGUCCAACUGGACUUCGAUACCCCGCGACAGUCUGAUCCUCCAAGAUGAAGAUCAGGAGGAAGACGAACAAGGUAGCAGUCUGGAAAAUUCACCAAGACAAGAUCAGGAUUCUUCACCGACUUUGACAGCACCCGGUAGGAACGUCCUCACAGAUUAAAACCCAAACCCCCAAACGUUGGAGAACACUGUGGUCCUGACAGGUUGGGCCUACAAACAAGCAAGCAUGGACAUCUUUUUCUACUUUUUUUUUUCCAGCCUCCAAUUCAAUUUGAUAAACUAGUCCUGCAUCAUUCCAGCAUCGGUUCCUCCACGACAGAUGGACCGCAAAUCCCGACCCAAACAGUUUCAAGGUCAAAGUCAAGGUCCUGGUCCGAGUCGAGCAAAGCUAUUGAACUGAAAGCGUGAUUAGACUCUGCCUUCUUGUCUGAAAUGUGAGCUUUAUAGAAAAAGUAUACUAAAGUAGUCUUUUUGUCUGUUUUUUAAGUUAGUGCCUGUUUUAAGGCUGGGGUUGGGGGGUCACUCGUUUGACCUUGAAACAAAAACCCCGGUAUACUUGGCGUUACAGUGCACUUGUGGCUCUAGUUCCGUUCUGUAAAAGUGAUGCCGAUCAUGUCACAUCGAUGUAGACGGAUGAAACAGGAGUGAGGUUUUUGACGUGGAGCGAAAGCUAAAGACACAAUCAAGUGUAAGAUGCUCUUCUUUGUCGGUAGGAGCAACUGAUUAAAAACACUAACAAUUAAGGCUUAGAUAUCCCAGUAGAACAUGUAGCUUUUAUCACAAAAAAAAAUAAAUAAAAAAAAUCUCAUUCCUUUAAGAGGCUUAGAUAUUAUUUUGAUGUGAGCUAAGACUAGUUGUAACGUCCAUAAGGAGCACUGUGCAAGUUCCCAAAGUACCGUACAUGCUCUAAUUAUUGUCGUUUAUUUACCUAAACCAUGAACUGGAAACGUAGCAUAUUGACAAGAAUAUUGCACAACACAGCAGCAAUAGAAGCAAUUUGUUAAUAGCAGUUAGCAGUUAGGAGCACACUGCUCAGCAAGCAAUAAUAGCAACGAUGAGAUCAAGUGUAACGUAACACACGGACCCACCGACAGGUGAUUUUGCAACAUUUUAAAGCGCUUUCAAACGCCAAGGUUUCUUUUCUACAGUAAACCUCGGAUAUAUCGGAUUCAAUUGUUCCCACUGGUUUUGUCCGAUAUAAGCGAAAUCCGUUAUAUGCGUAUACCGGAAAAUGUCCGUUUUACGCAUAUAUCGGAUUUAUAUCCGGUAUAUGCGUAAAUCGGAUUUUAUCCGUUAUAAAAAGGCACUUCUUUGACUAUGUUUCCAAUGUACCUGUAACGCGUAGGCAACGCUGCAAAUGACGUCUUAUAGCGGCCUGUCACGGUUCGGCGAAUCGGAGCGCCACGAUGCGGCCAUCCGAUAUAUGCGAGGGAAAUUUAAUGGAAAUGCAUUGGAACGGGACUGGAGAUUUUGUCCGAAAUAGGCGAAAUCCGUUAUAAAAAAUCCGAUAUAUGCAAUGAAUUUUUAUUGGAAAUGCAUUACAGAAAAAUCGGUUCUUUUUUAUCUGUCCGUUGUGAGCGAAUUUCCGAUAUAGUCCGAUAUAUCCGAGGUUUACUGUAUUUGCAUUUGCAGACCAUAACAAAGGACUAUAAUAGACUUGAUUGAAUUAGAGGCAUUAAUUGGAGCAUAUACGGUCAUAGUUCCUAUUUUAUCUUUAGACCAAAUCCUUCUACUCUUCUUGUUUUUUGUUCAUGAUGGACAUUGUGGCUUUUGAACGCCGUGCUUUGCAGUAGCCGCACCACCUCAUCCAAAUGUGUCGUUCCAGCCCUUGUGAACUGAUUGUAAAAGAGAGUUCACGUACAGUACGUGCUUUUUUUUUUGUUUUUUUUUUUCUUGUUGUUUUGUUUCCGUGGGAAUGUAAGGCCGCAUCUGUUGAGUCUCCUCAGCAACGAGUUUCAAAGCCACCGUGCCUUCUGUUUCAAGCACUUCCUGGUGUUUUUUGUAUAACUCACCAAAAGCCGAUAGCGACACGCUUUUCUUCCUAUCUGUCUUUACCGCCGCCCUCCCCCCUUAAGUCCACACCUUAAACGGGGUCUCAAGGCCCGACAUGGAUUGACCAAAGCCCGAGUCUAAGACUAACGGGUGUAUUUAAUCUCUUAAAUUGCCAAAAUAUGUCCAACGUGACACUAAAGCUCAAUGAAGACUAAUAAUCCCUUCUUCCCUCUUGCUCUUCCUUUGUGUUCCUGGUUGUAAACUGAAGGUGACGUAUCUGCUACUGAGGCCUUUAUUAUUAUCAGAGACCCAUCUGUGUGUGUGUGUGUGUGUAUGUGUGUGUGUAUGUGUGUGCUCUCCUUGAUGAUAAUUAUUGUUUCAGUGUCGAAAAAGAAAGCAAAAAGAAAACAUAAAAGAAAUGUCUUGUUGAAUGUUGUACAGAUAGCGCUUAGAGGUGUCAUUCGUCAUGUUGUUUUACUUUCAUAUGAGAGCACAAACCCGAGCGCUGGUCCUCUUGGCUCCUCCCACUAAAUUAAGCCUGCCGAUCGCCCCCCCCCCCCCCCCCCCGAACACCCAAGAGAGCACAAUUCUACAUAAAAAUGUUUUGAAUGUAUGUGAAAUGCACUGUGCCUCAGCUGCAUGGUCCCAAAUUUUAAAUCCGAAUUAGACACCAUAUUUGUUGCACCUUAUCUCCUGUCAAUCAAUCAAUCAGGGUGUGGCAGCAUUGGAGAGACGAAUGGACCAUGCCAGGUUUGGGCUCUUGUGUAGUUGACUGCCAUUGCAGUGAGGGACAAAGUGAUCUAACAUAGUAGUGACUAAUAUGAAUUUGUGGACAGAUGAAAAAAAAAAAGAACACAUUAGAAAUAAACAUAAAUAUUACAUAAACUGGUGUCAGUUUUUUUCCUAAACAAACAAAAUUCAGUUGUGAUGAAAAUGUUUUUGUGUUACAUGUGAAAGUGUUGGGCUGCACGGUGGAUGAGUGGUUAGCACAGACCUCACAGCUAGGAGACCAGGGUUCAAUUCCACCCUCGGCCAUCUCUGUGUGGAGUUUGCAUGUUCUCCCCGUACAUUCCAAAAACAUGCUAGGUUAAUUGGCGACUCCAAAUUGUCCAUAGGUAUGAAUGUGAGUGUGAAUGGUUGUUUGUCUAUAUGUGCCCUGUGA